CAUUUCUGUGAUUUGAUUGGUCCAAAUGAGUACGUGUAACGAAUAUUUGAAACGUGUACUACACAAUGCGUUUUUGACCCAGAUGGCCUUCUAUACUAUGCGUAAUAAUUUAUUUGAAACGUGUACUUAACAGCACACAUUUUUGACCCAGAUGGCCUUCCAUAUUCCAUAGCAAGCUCUGGGAAGGCGUUUGUCUCGUAGCUGCGUGUGACGUCAAACGGAGAGCCGUCAGGCGCAGCUUGCUUUGGGACACGAGAGCUCACCCAUUGGCUUACUGGAUUGCUAGACAAGAAAGCAGGGGCAGUAUUACAGUAUACCUGGCAGACAAACUACACAACUAAUGACACUCCAAGCAUACAGGGGAUACUUUGAAGUUUCUUUUUGCUGAAAAGAACCAGCAGCCUGACAUUUUGGCUUUUAAUGAAAUGCAGCAGAAGUUAUAUGAAAGGAAGGAGACACUUUGCAACGAGUCACCGGAAAACAGCAGUGCCCGUGAGCAGUUGCCAUUCCGCUGCCCGCGAUGUGGGGAGCAGAAGAGGUUCAGAAGCCUGUCAUCUUUGAGGGCACACUUGGAGUACAGCCAUACCUAUGAAACCAUGCACAACAUCACCAAGUACAGUCUAGCCUCUGCAUGUAAACCACUUGACUACCUGCUGGAGAAAACCAUAAACACCAGCAGCACUGAAAACUGCAAAAAACGCUAUUCACUCCAGUUUCAAGACCUGGCAGACAAAAAGUUCAAGGAUACAGAAAGGGACAAACCACAAACCCUCGCAUAUAAGAGACCGCCUGAGCACCUCAAAACUGGAUCAUGCAGGUUGGUGCCUGCAGGCAGCCAAUCGGCUUUGACAAUCUCAAUCGAGAGCCAUGUGCGGGAAAGGCUUGAUGAGAUGAUGAAGGCGGCAGAGUGCACGAUAGAGAAGAGGCUGGAGAAGGUGACCAGCGAGUUGGCACAGAAGAACACGGAGCUGGUGAAUACCCGGGCUGAGUUUGUGCACCUGUCUCGGGAGAAGAGGGAGGUCUUGGCACGAGAGAGGGCCCUGAGCAGACAGGUGGACACGGCUGUUGAGGUCAUCGCGGCUCUACGGCAGCAGCUUACUGAGUCUGAACGAGAGCUGGAGAGGAAGGAACGGGAAGUAAUCAGUAUUCAUCACUUUCUGGAGGCCACGGUUCAGCAUGAAGUCUGUGGGAAAGCCCGGCUUCAGCACUUUAUAGAGAACCUUUUACAGAGGAUAGCCCUGGCUGAGAGGCAUCUGGAAUACUAUCAAAGUGCUUCCAGACACCGCGACUGCAAAAAACACACUGUUAACCAGACUGUUGCAAACUGUGAACACAAAAUUGCCAAAGCCAGGUCACCAGAGGGUCAGCCAGCAUUAACCACCAUUCCUGAGAUGAAAAUGCAUUCUUUUCAGAAGGGAAGGGCUUUCCUGAAAUCCUCGAAGGACAGACUGGGUUCCAGACAAUUCAGCAGCUCUUCAGGGGUCUAUAAACCUAACGACUGCAGGAGCGAAGUGUGGUAUCAGCAGAGAAGAAUAGCGGGAUACGAAGCAUAUGAACUUGCUAAUCAUAGUCGGAUGAAACACAACUAAACAAGAAUUAUAUCCUAAAAAAAUACAAUACAUCUGGGGUAUUUAAUUUCAGCUAACACAAUUCAUUUUCUCUUACACCUAACUAGAGAUACUAUCAAAGUAUCUACAGUAAUUAGCAGCUGCAGUGUACCUAUAGGAAGAAAAGUCUUGUCCCUCUGUUAACCUUUCCAGCGCUUCAAAUUGACCGUUGAUCUUGAUUUUCCUUGGAAGCUGCUGUCACUGCAAUAGUUGUUUUUAAAAGAGGCAAGGUAGCACUAAUAUGGCUACAGAACUCCAUUUUGGUUGGGUGCACCUUUCCAAGAGUUUUAACCUGUAUGACAGGGUUCAGUAGUUCCACCUGCCAAAUGUGUAUUUUGAUUAGGUUUUGCAAAAAGCUUGGAAAAGCUUCUGGCACCUUGGUAUGACUCUGCUGCAACAUCUCUCUCCUGCUACUUCAAUCUGAUAGAUUCCUAAGUAUCUUUUGUCUUGUCUGUGACUCUAAAUUAAGUGAGAGAAAGUUCCCCCACUCAGCCCACGAGAGAGAGAGAAAAAAUAAAUACAUUUUAGGCAAUGGAAAAGAUUACUUAUGAUGACACUACAGUUUGAACAUCAUCUAAACAAACAAUCUAUGUGCCCCCGAGACCCUGUUAAUUCAUCUAUUCCGAAGACUGAAGUAUUUCUCAAAACUCAACCAUGCUGCUGUUUCCAAUUAAGAAUAAACAUUGCCAAAUAUUUAAUUUCCAGUAUCUUCGUAGUACAAAUGCAUAUGUGUUUUGUCAGGGGCAGGAAGCGAAUGUGAAAUAUGUUGGCUAGGAGUGAAUAGGGUUAAGAUUCCAGUAAUUGUGAAUGUGUCAGACUUAAACUGUUCCAGGAUGGUUUUCCCAGUGUUUUCUCUGUGCUGUACCAUGCGCAGCUGCAAUAUCUAGCAAGUCUGUUCACUAUUCACUCUCUGUUGCCAAGUUUUCUAGAGGACACUGUUGGCUUUAAAUUGGCCGCCUUCUCUGUCGAGCACAAUGUCUGCUUGUCUUGUUGUUUUCUGUCAUGUAUGCGUACACACUGGGGAUUGCUUAACCAAGUCCUUUUUUCAGCACUGGAUAUUAAUGCAGAAACAAACGUAGGUUGAUUCCCAGCAGACAAAUAAUAGUCGCCCCAAAAUGUAUUUAUUUAUUUAUUACGUAUAUAUUGAGUUUAUCACCAGGGAUAGGGCUGUACCCUGGAAAUUGAGGUUAUGUGUUUUCCCUAUAUUUCAGGUCCCCUGGUGGAAAAAGGUUAAGCUAUUAAAGAAGCCUUCCUAUAUUCACUCCUCUGCUUUUUUAUUUUUAUGUUUUUUUUUUUUUAAAACCUCUAUAGGGAUAUAGGAUAGUGGUGCCAUAAUUAUUAUUAAUAUUUUUUUUUUAGCUGCCAAUUAUUUUACCCCAUUUGUCUCCCCAAUUUUUACCUGAAUGUUGCCACUGGGAGUCCUCCAAUCUCUCUGCUAAGCCAACACCCUCUUUACACCCAGGAGCUUGAGAGUGGAUGUUGGCGAGCUACUGGCCUCUGAAGGGCAAAGGCCAGCCCUGUAGGUGCCUGCUUGAGCUCACCAGCCACCUAGUGAUUAGGGUCCACAUUAGCACGAUGAGGAGAAACACUCCUAACAAUUUAGAUUCCGUAAACCAUGGAACUUCAGAUCCAAUGCAAGAUGCGCCCCUCUAACUGCACACCACACCGUCGUUUCAUUAAUGCAAGAUGCGCCCCCUAACUGCACACCACAUCGUCGGUUCAUUAAUGCAAGAUGCGCCCCUCUAACUGCACACCACACCGUCGUUUCAUUAAAGCAAGAUGCGCCCCUCUAACUGCACACCACACCGUCGUUUCAUUAAAGCAAGAUGCGCCCCCUAACUGCACACCACAUCGUCGGUUCAUUAAUGCAAGAUGCGCCCCUCUAACUGCACACCACACUGUCGUUUCAUUAAUGCAAGAUGCGCCCCCUAACUGCACACCACAUCGUCGGUUCAUUAAUGCAAGAUGCGCCCCCUAACUGCACACCACACUGUCGUUUCAUUAAUGCAAGAUGCGCCCCCUAACUGCACACCACACUGUCGUUUCAUUAAUGCAAGAUGCGCCCCCUAACUGCACACCACACUGUCGUUUCAUUAAUGCAAGAUGCGCCCCCUAACUGCACACCACACUGUCGUUUCAUUAAUGCAAGAUGCGCCCCUCUAACUGCACACCACACUGUCGUUUCAUUAAUGCAAGAUGCGCCCCCUAACUGCACACCACACUGUCGUUUCAUUAAUGCAAGAUGCGCCCCCUAACUGCACACCACACUGUCGUUUCAUUAAUGCAAGAUGCGCCCCUCUAACUGCACACCACACUGUCGUUUCAUUAAUGCAAGAUGCGCCCCCUAACUGCACACCACACUGUCGUUUCAUUAAUGCAAGAUGCGCCCC